AUGAAGAUGGCUCCUCCCUCUGCUGCAUCGAAUACUCAAUACUUGCUCUACGGCAGUUCAUCGGAAACCUCUAAAGAGAAUUUGGUCUCCACGACUCUCUGUUUGUCGUCUUCUGAAAGGACUCCUCCCUCUGCUGCAUCGAAUACUCAAUACUUGCUCUACGGCAAUGCAUCGGAAAACCCUAAAGAGAGUUUGGUCUCCACGACUCUCUGUUUGUCUUCUUGUGAAAGGACUCCUCCCUCUGCUGCAUCGAAUACUCAAUACUUGCUCUACGGCAAUGCAUCGGAAAACCCUAAAGAGAGUUUGGUCUCCACGACUCUCUGUUUGUCUUCUUGUGAAAGGACUCCUCCCUCUGCUGCAUCGAAUACUCAAUACUUGCUCUACGGCAAUGCAUCGGAAAACCCUAAAGAGAGUUUGGUCUCCACGACUCUCUGUUUGUCUUCUUGUGAAAGGACUCCUCCCUCUGCUGCAUCGAAUACUCAAUACCUGCUUAACGGCAAUUCAUCGGAAAACCCUAAAGAGAGUUCGGUCUCCACGAUUCUCUGUUUGUCUUCUCGUGAAGAUCCUAAGAAGAGGAAGAUGAACCCUGAUGAUCGCAAGGUUUCUUGCACACCAAGCGACAACAAACAAGAAAGCAAGAUUAAGCGAAUGAGGAACCUCACGAAUGAAGAAAGGGAAAAAGACGAAUGGUACGGUGUUUCAACAGAACUAAAACUCUUCAAAUAUCCCUGGAUCAUCAAGAAGGUACUCACCACUAGCGAUCUUGGCCAGCUUAGCCGUCUUCUUCUUCAUACUGCCCCCAUUGAGGACCACAUCAUCAAAUAUCUCAACGAGGAUGACCAAAAUAUGGUACAAGAAGGGUUAGGAAUCACGGUCGAUGUGUAUGACCACGACACUGAUUCUACAUACCGGCUGCUUCUAAAGAGAUGGACCAAGUUGAAUAGUUAUGUUUUAAACGGAGGAUGGCCUAUGUAUUUUGUCCGUAGAAGAGGUUUGAGAAAAGGAGAUGAAAUUGGACUAUUUUGGGAUCGUUUCGCUUCGAGGCUCCACUUUCGUGUGCUUUCUCGUGCACCUACAUAA